AUGAAUUGCGAGGAAUCAAAUAUAAAGGCAGCUUCGGAGGAAUCGUUACUCUUGCAAGGCCCCGGGGGGGUUGGAUCCAGCGAAGAGGACGUGGAGCAGACGGAGAAAAGCGACGCAGACUAUAGAGGAAGAAACGCCGCACCUGCUCCUUCAGACAGUACAUCUGAAGAGAGCAGUAGCUGUCGUGCUGGCAGCAGGACGAGCUGCUUUUCGCUCCAGACUACCAACAAGCCAAGCCAGCAGCUGUCUCUGUCUCCUCCAGGCCAUGGUGAGAGCCUUUUGGGUUGCCAGAAUGCCAACACGACUCGCCGUGAGGACCCGGACAACUCUCUUUCGUCAGAUGACAGUCAGCGGCCGCUUCCAAGCUUAAAAAUCCCAUCUGAAUCAAGUACCAAAAGCAUUCGUUGUCCGUCUGAGCUUAGCGCAAAUGAUGCAUCACCUCCAUGUAAUGCCUCUGCUCAUGUGUCUCCUUCGCUGCCCGUGGUUGCCUCUGCUGUUCAUCCUGGAGGCACAGGAACUACGCCUGUCGGAAGUUCAGGUGGGCGCUCUUGGAUUCCGACGCAGCAAAGGCUGCAGACAGUGUCUAUAGGCGGAGAUGUUAGGAGUUCUUCAUCGGGUACUCCUGGGUGCCUCCAUCCAGCAGUCUUUCUGGGACCCAACAGCCAGGCGCCGGCCCUUUCCGCCAAUAAUACUGUUGGAUCAUCAGCCCUUUCUGGUUCAGCAGGCCACCGUCUUUCAACGUGCAGCUUCGGGACAAAUCAGUGUUUGCCGUCUGCCUUAACUGCAGGUGGGAGCUUCGCUGCUCUGGGCUCAUAUACACAGCAGCAGAAGCAGAAUCAGCAACAGGCUUUAUACUUGAAACAGCAGCCUUCAUUUUCGUCGACAGCCCGUCCAAAAGGAGACGUAGCUGUCAUUAUUUCAGCCCUGCGCCGGCAUCUUCGCUCUCUGAUCCGCAUUAUGUAUAAUUGGCAGCCUACGACAGGCGGUACACAAACGUCUUCUGCAGCGGAAGAAACUGCCGACCAAAAGAAAACUGAAACGCUAUUGUAUAGCCAUGCGGAACCAAGGGAGUGCGUGGAUUCAGUGCCUCAAAACGAAAUGCAGAAUCCUUCUGACUGCUGCCUUGGUGGACUGAUUCACACAGCUCAGGGUGAUCACAAAGAAGGCUCGUCUUCUGUAUCCAUACAGGAGGACGAAUUAUCAUUCAAAAGCACAUGCCAAGCUGCACCAGGGAUCACAGCUCACAAGGACGUGGCCGGGUUAAAUAAGUCCACCGCGUCAGAUGUCACGUUCUCCACGACACCACACGACGAGGGCACACACUGUCACGACGAUUCUUCGGAAGCUGCUUCCUGCCCCACCGCAAGCACAAGAUGCAGAAUAGUCGCAGGAAUCAGUGCUAUGGCUACUGAGGUACCACCUCUUCCUCCCCUUGGAAGCGUCGAUGGUGCUUCAGAAAGCUGGGAAGGCCAGCGAUUUUUUCACGAGGAACACCUAGAUGCUUGUUCUUUGAGUGAGCUACGUGAGUACCUCCUAAUUUUUUCGUCUUUCUUGUGCUUACCUCUUCCUGAAGUGUCGAAACAGGAGCCAUCCGCACUUCAGCAUGUGAGGUUGCAGCUUCUGCUUCUGAGGAAUAGCCAACAACAGCGAAUUCAGCAGAUUCGUCAAGCGAGGCCAAUCCUGCAACGCUGGCUGCCCCUACUGCAUAGCACUACUUCAGGGGGGUCAGCUGACGACGAUGAAGCUUGCCUCAGCAGCGCUGUAGGGACAGCAAUGCCAGCAGUGGAAUCGCGCUUUCACAGCACGGCAUCUGGAUCAACUCUGCCAUCGAUGCCAUUCAGUAGCACUAGUUUGUCCUUUCUCUAUUCUUUCGCUUCCCCCUCGAUUCCUCACCUUGAUGCAGACCUUUCCUCAUUAUCGACGCUCUCAAUGCAUGGAGAUCAAACGGCCAGCCUUGGCGCUUCUACAACCGGUGAGGACUCGCACUUUCUGUCGUUGUUGUGCUGUCUGAUGUUUCUCUCCCUAGAUGUCCCCGUAUUUGCAUUUUCUUUUACUACAGGAGAAUGUGCGGAAGCUACAGCUCCCAUAGAAGCAAGGAGUUCUGAAUUUCCUUCGUCUUCAGUUGAUGCGUUUAGCGUAGAUGGCCCUCCAAGCAGCGGCAGCAACAUCUCCAACACAGAAGCCCCACCAAUCAUCACAGACUGCUCUAUCCCCCCACCCUCAGCAAUGGCAUUUGUCACUGCUGUAGCAAACGAAGAACCUGCUUGUGAGCCUUUGCACCCCUCCAGCAAGGAGAAAACUUCUCUUUCGUGGAAUUCUGAGUGUGGAUGCGCGCCACGAGGAUUAGUAGCACCUGCUACAGGACUACGUUGGUCCUCAGGCACUACGGUUGGUAUCCGGUUGCAAGGCCUGAUAGGUGGGAGCAGCCUGGGUUUAGGUAGCUCGAUUUCCUUGCCUGAAGGUGCGGCCGGAGUAAUCCAACGUGCCACGGAAAUAACAGCAAGUGGAGGACUUUCUUCUAACAGUCGUGGUGGGAUUGGAGCACUGUCGGGCGGAGGCACUACCUCCACGGUGGCGUCGCCUCCUCAUCUUGAGUGGAUCUGCGAUGCGACGGCAAAUGCAGUCAGCAACUCACCGCCAGGAACGUCUUUACCCUCUUACAUACUUUUUAAUAAUGGACAGUCUCCGAGUUCCGUCAACAGCGUACCAUUUGCAAGGCCUUGCAACAAUUCCCGGCGAGCAGCCAAUGGAUGCUCCACAGCAAGCCCCGCAGAAUUAGGGCUAAUCAUAUCUGCAGAGGGCUUUGGCCAGGGAAGAACACAAAGGGGCAAUGUCCAAGUGACAUUUUCUCCCCAGAUGGGGGCGUGGGUUGUUUGCUGCGCCCGUGGGUUGCUACAACAAAGCAGGGCCUUUUCUGUAGCAACUCUGGGGUUUGAGGGAGCCAAGAAAACAGCCCAGCAAUAUGCCACACACUCUUUUAAUUUGGCAAGGACCAGCAGCCAGGAGUUCAUUUUGCCCAAAAGUGUAAGCAAAACCACUGUCAAAGAUUUUUCAGCCAGCCGUGUUGCUCGGCUGAGCCGUAGAGCAAUGGAGUUACCAUACGUCCAUGGGGUUCGCUUUGAAGCUGCAAAUUUUGCUUGGGUUGCCCAAAUGAGGGGAGAAGCUCGCAGAUUUCUGGUGAAGAAACAUGGAUUUGUAAAAAGCAGACUUUGUGCUAUCGAGAAGAUCGAAACAUGGAGAGCAGCUUUGUCUCCAGAAGCUCUUGCCAGUGAGCUCAAAGCCGAACAGGACGUACUGGCUAUGGUUCCAAACAUUUGCCCAGAAGAUACCGACCCAGAGACACUGCAGGCAGUAGAAGAGUCUUUAAGAAUGAAGUUUCAGCGAAGCACCGUGAUGGCAAGACCGAAUUUGCAUGCUAGUCCUCAAAUUGGUUUUAAGAGGCAGCGAAACCCAUGUUCAGAUGUAGAACGGGAGGAGCCUAGGCAGACUGUUGCACAUGAUCUGGCUACUGAGCAACUUCUUCUGCAUCAACAAGUGCUGACUACACAGCAGCUCCUCUCCCAGCCAGAAUCAUUGCAUGAAAGGUCAAGGCAGCAUGAGGAGCUGACACAUCAUCUUCUUGCACAGCCAUCGCAGCAGCAGCUUGCAGAAAACUCGCAGCAUCAGCUAAUGACGCAACAGCAUCUGCUUCGCAGUGUUACUCCACCCUUGAAUGACAGCAGAGCCGGAGACGACACACAGCAGCAUCAACAGCAACAGCAAGCGCUAUUUUCCUUCCACGGAUUUCGCACGAGAAGCCAACAGCAGCAGCAGAUGCUCUCGCACCAGUUUUCGUCUCCAGUUUCGUUGGUGCCGGCGACAAGACCCCAGCAACAGCUUGUAGACGCAAACAGCCAAAUGAGCAGUACCUCUGCAGAGCUAAAGUGA